CGGAGCUUCAGUAUCAAGGGUGACUUCACUAUUUUAAAUGCGUAACACAAAAGGAUUCUGAUCAUGGAUAAAACCCGAAUCCUGAUUGUGUGUUUUGCUGUUUUGGGAUUUGGUGGAGCAUGUGAUGGUCUGUUGUGUAACUGCACCACGUCUCAGUGUGAAAAGAAUGGCUACCGCUGUGAGACGACGGGGGCCUGCAUGGCUUCAACCUCCCUUAUUGAUGGCCAGGAGCAGCACAUUAAAAUCUGUAUUGAUAAAGAGAAGCUGGUUCCUCCUGGACAACCCUUCUUCUGUCUGAGCGCCGAGGGGCUGCUCAACAUCCACUGCUGCUAUACGGACUACUGUAACAGUCUCGACCUCAAGGUGCACUCGGUGACCGUACAGCCUGACUUGGCAGAGCAGAUGGAUGGCUGGGGACCAGUGGAGCUGGCUGCUGUGGUUGCAGGUUCUGUGUUUGCAUUGUGUGUGUUGGUGCUGCUGGGCCUCUUCCUUUUCCAACGCCACUGGAGAGCCAAUGCCCAUAGACAGAGGCUGGAGGCGGAGGACUCCAAUUUUUUAUAAAAAAAAAUCUCAAAUUACUUAGACAAGGUUAUCAUACCUUGACAUGUUUAAACAGUAAAUGCAUUAAUACCUGUUUACCAAGGGCAUAGCUAAAUAUACAAAAAUAUAUAUUAAUAAUAUCACUGCGGUAUUUUCUGGUGAACACUAUACAUUCUGUUUUGUGGGAAAGGCUUUGCUUCCUUAUCAAAUAACAGUUGGUUUAGGCUAAAUGCUGACACUGUUUUAAUGAAAAAUGGAAAAGAAAAUCACUUGUUGUUCAGGAAUCCGAAUUGGCGGUUGUCCAUAAGAGGAGCAAUUUGACCAACGAAAGCUAAGUGUUCACUAAAAGAGCUUUUAAAAGGCAACAUACUCUAUAUCGAUCAGUGCAUUUCAAUCACUGAUCUCGGCGUUAAAUAUCUGGAGAGCUAAUUGGCUCGUCAGGGUGAAGCCAUCUGGCCGCCAUAUUACCACGCACAUCCGAUCGGUACGGUCAUAUCUCUGCCUAGGAAGCUACACAAAACUGGACAUAUUGUUCAUUUAAUUGUUGAGAAAAAACACAAACUGGAUGUGUUAUUUAUAAACAUGUGUCUAUGUGUGCAUUUGUGUGCGUAUGUAUGUCAGUGUGUGAACGGUUGAUUUUUGUGGGGGUGUUUGUGUUUUAAUUAUAAUGUACAGUAUUCAAUACAUUUUAUUAUCAUGGGUACAUUCAGGAAGAUUAGUGCAGAUUUUAUUAUUAUCCAUCCAUUAUCCAUGACCGCAUAUCCUGUACAGGGUUGCAGGCAAGCUGGAGCCUAUCCCAGCUGACUACGGGCGAAAGGCGGGGUACACCCUGGACAAGUCACCAGGUCAUCACAGGACUGACACAUAGACACAGACAACCAUUCACACUCACAUUCACACCUACGGUCAAUUUAGAGCCAACAAUUAGCCUAACCUGCAUGCCUUUGGAAUGUGGGGGAAACUGGAGCACCCGGAGGAAACCCACGCGGACACGGGGAGAACAUGCAAACUCCACACAGAAAGGCCCUCGCCGGCCACGGGGCUUGAACCCGGACCUUCUUGCUGUGAGGCGACAGCGCUAACCACUACACCACUGUGCCGCCCUAUUAUUAUUAUUAUUAUUAUUAUUAUUAUUAUUAAUAAUUUAUUUAACCAAAUAGAAAAUACAUAGACAAUGCAUGCAUAACAGAGAAGAAAACAAAGUGUACAUAACAACAUGACAGAACCAUUCUGGUUUCCAGAGAGAUGGAGACAGCAUGUGGGUCAAGGUCCACAAGAGUAAAGUCAUUUCCUGUUGCCCGGAGGCAUGUGAACCCUCAUGUACUGUUCCAGAUCAGCUAUAUAUAAAAAAAAUAAAUAAACAAAUGCACAGAAUGAAAAAUGAAAUGAACCUAAUGGAUGGAGCAGAGAUUUACAUGUAGCUAUUCCAAAUGAACUAUUUAGAAACAGACUGAUACCAAUCUGUAGC